AUGGGGAGGAAGCCAUGCUGCCCCAAGGAGGGGCUGAACAGGGGAGCUUGGACCUCAAUGGAGGAUGGCAUCCUUGUCUCCUACAUCCAGAAGCAUGGAGAGGGCAAAUGGGGAAGCCUCCCCAGAAGAGCUGGACUGAAGCGGUGCGGGAAGAGCUGCCGGCUGCGGUGGCUCAACUACCUGCGGCCGGGCAUCAAGCGAGGUAACAUCUCGGAUGACGAAGAGGAGCUCAUCAUCAGGCUCCACAGGCUCCUAGGCAACAGGUGGUCGCUGAUCGCCGGGCGGCUGCCGGGGCGAACAGACAAUGAAAUCAAGAACUACUGGAACACGACGCUUGGCAAGAAGGUGCUCAAGAACAGCAGCAUCUCGAAAGAAGAAAGCGAGGCCGCCGGCGCAUCAUCGAAACGCAGGCCAUUCUCACAACCGACCAGAACCGUCCGCGACGCUGCCCCCAAGGCUCACGCGCACGGGCGGCCGCCGGAGGCAAGCCCGGUCCGGAGCAAGGCGCUGCGUUGCACCAGCACCACCAUGCUGCACGCGGUGCAGCCCGCCGCCCAUGCACGUCACGGCUGUGCGUUGGAGGCUGCUGCGGGCGACGAUCACGUUAACGCGGCGGAGCAGCAGACGGUCGUCGUCGUCAAGGCGCCGACCGUGGAGGUGCGACAGGAUCAUCUGCCGGAGGAUGACUUGUCGAUCGACAUCGACCUCGACCUCGACUUCGACAUGGGUGAGCUGGGUUUCCUGAGCCCGUGGCGCGGCGUGGUCGCAGACAGCAUAGAGCUAGGCGGUCAGUUCGGCGGUGACGAGCUUGACGACGAUCUGGAGGCGCUGCUGCUGGGGCCGGGAGGUGACGAUGAUAUUCAUGAGUUUGCAUGGUUCUGA